AACACCGCAUUUGGGGGGUUUUGAAAUCGGUUGAGAACGUGAGAGCCGCUCGCACACCUUCAUAUAUAUAACAUAUCCUGCGGCUCGUCUCGUCUGUUUGGCUUGCCGCUGCAGCCUCAACCUCGACUCGACACAUCCACCACCCAGUCGGACGACAAACAUGGCCGCGAACAAGUACGCCGACCGCCUCAAGUCGUUCUUGGGCAUCGAUCCCGACCAGAGCCUGGACGACUCCGCCUUCCGUGACGACAGCUACUACGUCGAGGAAGAGCCUACAGUCAAGGAAGCUCUGGUCGAGCUCAUCCCCACGGGACGCGACAUCCUCAACUACAUCAAAGAGUUAUUCCCGUUUCUCGGAUGGAUCUUUCACUACAACCUAACAUGGCUGCUGGGUGACUUUAUUGCCGGCGUCACGGUCGGCUUCGUCGUCGUGCCGCAAGGCAUGGCCUACGCCCUCCUCGCCAACCUGCCGCCCGAGUACGGGCUGUACACAUCCUUUGUGGGAUUCCUGUUCUACUGGGCAUUCGCGACGUCCAAGGACAUCACCAUUGGUGCGGUUGCCGUCAUGUCCACUAUUGUCGGUAAUAUCACCAUCAAAGUCCAGGAGAGCCACCCAGACCUCGCCCCGGAAACCAUCGCCCGGAGUCUUGCCCUCAUCUCGGGUAUUGUUCUCUUGUUCCUGGGCUUAGCUAGGCUCGGCUUUAUCGUCGAAUUCAUCCCGCUGGUCGCCAUCGGCUCUUUCAUGACGGGCUCCGCCCUCAGCAUCGCCUCCGGCCAGGUCCCCAAGCUCCUGGGCAUCUCCGGCGUCAACACUCGCGACGCAACUUAUCUAGUCAUCAUCAACACCCUCAAAGGGUUACCCAGGGCAAAGUUGGACGCAGCCAUGGGAUUGACUGCCUUGUUCGGCCUUUACUUCAUCCGCUGGUUCUGCAACUUCAUGGGACGGAAGCACCCCCGCUACCAAAAGACGUGGUUCUUCAUCUCGACUCUGCGCAUGGCCUUCAUUGUGAUCCUGUAUAUCCUCGUCAGUUGGUUGGCCAACCGCGGCGUCUCGGACAAGAAGGAAGCCAAGUUUGAUAUCCUCGGCACCGUUCCCAGCGGUUUUCAACAUGUGGGUGCCCCCAGGUUCGACGCUGAGAUUCUCGGGGCCAUCGGUUCCGACAUUCCCACCACCAUCCUGGUCCUUCUGAUCGAGCACAUCGCCAUCUCCAAGUCCUUUGGCCGCGUCAACAAUUACAUCAUCAACCCUUCCCAGGAGCUCGUCGCCAUCGGCUUCAGCAACAUCUUCGGGCCGUUCCUCGGCGGCUAUCCCGCCACCGGAUCCUUCUCGCGGACGGCGAUCAAGGCAAAAGCCGGAGUCAGGACCCCGCUUGCGGGCAUCUUCACGGCCAUCAUCGUCCUGCUGGCGCUGUACGCGCUGACUUCCGUCUUCUUCUACAUUCCCUCGGCCGGCCUCAGCGCCCUCAUCAUCCACGCCGUCGGCGACCUCAUCUCCCCUCCGCGAGAGGUCUACAAGUACUGGAAGACGUCCCCUAUCGAGUUCGUCAUCUUCUUUGCCGGCGUCUUCGUUUCCGUCUUCACCACUAUCGAGAACGGCAUCUACGUCACCAUGGCGGCAUCAGGAGCCGUCUUGCUCUUCCGCAUCGCGAAGAGCCCCGGCCGGUUCCUCGGCAAGGUGACCGUGCAAUCCGUCCCCCGAGACAGCCUGCGGGGCGGCGGCGGUACCGCGAGCCCCGGCGAUAAGUCCCACGCCGCCUUCCUCCCCCUCGACCGGGCCGACCUAUACAACCCCGACGUGACCAUCGCGUCGCCCUACCCGGGCGUCUUUAUCUACCGCUUCGGCGAAGGUCUCAACUACCUCAACUCGGCCCGCCACCUCGACACCCUCACCAUCCACAUCUUCCAGCACACCCGGCGCACGCGGCUCGACCGGUACGACAAGGUGGGCGACCGGCCCUGGAACGACCCGGGCCCGCUCCCCUGGAAGUCCGGCGCCGCCGAGGAGCGCGAGGCGAUGGCGGCCCGCCCGACCCUGCGCGCCGUCGUCCUCGACUUUGGCGCCGUCAGCGCCCUCGACAUGACGGCUGCCCAGGCCCUCAUCGACCUGCGCAACCAGUUCGACCGCUACGCGGACCCGGACCGCGUCGAGUGGCACUUUGCCGGCGUGGCCAGCCGCUGGACCAAGCGCGCCCUCGUCGCCAGCGGCUUCGGCGCCGGCCCCGAGAGCAGCCGCCGCCGCGGUUCUUCCACGGUCGGGUCCGCGGCCGACUCAGAGCAGGACAAGCUCGCUCUGGAGCCGCUGAUCGGCGCGGCCGAGGUAGCCUCCGCCACCGGCGCCGAGGACUCGAAGGCGGCCGAGGCCCGGUCCAAGGCGAGGGAAGUCGAUAUCGAAGCGGCGGCGGGCGAGGUCACGCCCGUCGUCUCCUCCUCUGGGAAGCGGCUGGUGCCGUUGUUUGGGGCCAACAGGCCGUACUUCCAUGUCGACGUCGAGACGGCCGUGGCCGCGGUGAUUCGGAAGCUGGAGGCGCGGGCGUCUGAAUGGAGUGGCAGGGAAUAAGUGGAGCGGUCGGCGGGACGGAUGGGCAGAUAUCUCUUGGUUUUUUUUUAAAAAAACUUGUUCUGAAUGUGUCUUUUUUUG